AUGGUCCGAGUGCCACGCGGUUGUCGGGCUUGCGCUGACGCCCAUACUCAGUGCGACGGCAAAUCCCCUUGUAAUCACUGCAAAACCCGCAACGUGCCUUGUCUAAGCCAGGCCCGAACCUUCAAGUUCCGCAACGAAGUACCUGCUCUCCAACAACGUUACCGCACUUCCAUCUCACCGACCACCUCCACUACUUCUUCUACUUCCACAUCCACUGCGUCGUCGCAACUUGUCCCCCGCGCACCCCGCGAGAGGGACCCGCCUUCUCCAGGUUCGGCCCGCGGGCGCGACGUGCGAUUCGCCCCGCUGCCGCUGUCAAUGGACGAAUCCGUCUCGCCCUCUCUGACCGUCACUGCGGUCUCCGCGCAACAAACCCAAAUCUUCACCAAUUACGUCCUCACUGCCUUCCCUUGCUUCUUCAAAUGCACCGAAACUCGCGUCCCCGUCAAUUGGGUCGAAUAUGUCGACCGUCGCCGUGGCGCCAUGAACUCCUGCUUCGACUGGGCCAUUCGUGCCUGCACCCUGUCUUAUACCGCCUCCCUCUACGAUAUCCCUGAAUUCAAUGACGUCGCGCGCUCCUUCUACACCCGCUCUCUCGCCGGUCUCGCCGGCCUUCUCGCCGACGAGUCGACCGCCAAAUCCGACGAAGCUCUCUCCACCGCAAUUGUCCUCGCCGUGUUUGAGAAACACCACUGUACCGGCCCAGAGGCGUGGAUCCACCACGCCCACGGUAUCCGCGCCUUGCUCAAACUUCGUGGCCCCAGGGCCCAUCUCUAUGGUUUCGGUCGUGCCAUGUAUAUUGUCUACCGGCCGAUGCUUGUCUCCGCUGCCCUCAUUGAGGGCGAAGCCUGCUUUCUCGAGGAACCUGAAUGGCAAACCCUCAACGAGCAGAUCUCUGACGACAACGCCAAGCUGCCCGAUUCGUCAUUAUAUACGGACGUAGUGGACCGGGGCCUGCGCGAGAUUAUAAAAAUCCCCGGUUACGUCAAACGCGUCCGCGAGCUACUCUCUUUACCCCUCACCAAACGGGCCAAGCUCGAACCCCCCUUGCUGCAAAGCGUGCAAGCUACCCGCGCUGCCCUGCGCGGUAUCCACACCGAGUUCGGUGUGGCCAUAUCCAUGCUUCGUGCCGGCCACAGUAAGCCGCGCGGGUUCAUCGGACCCCUUCCCCAAUUCUUCUUCGAGGGAUAUUCGGCGCAUGUCACGCGAGGCGUGCACGCCGGACUUACGAUCCUGAAUUAUCUCGUCAUCAUGCUGGACCCGAGCCAGCGUGAGACACUGCAGAAAGAAGCUCGUCUGUUAUCCAAUCCGCCAUCCCCGGAGAGUGUGGUCAGUCCGGCAUCGGAGUACAGCUCCCCGAAGACUCCGUCAAGCUCGCCGGGGCAUCCCCAGCUCGUUGUGGAGUCACUGAUCACCCCGGAUUACAAGCAGGGUCCGACAACGGACUGGAUGGAUCAGUUGACGUCGUCAAUGGGGAUGGACGGGGUGCGGGUGCGUAUUGUUGAUUGA